UUCACAAGUCAAGCUCAUGACAAUAACAUGAUCCUGAAACUGAGAUGUAGGUAAGAAGUAGACAUUCAACGUUAAUCUCCCAACACACUUCUCCUACUUCCCAUCAUCUACAAUCUCUCUACUCUAUAAAUUACAACACUAUUGAAUCCAAACAUCAUCAAACAAACAACUUCAACACAAAAAGAAGAAGCAUCUCUUACUAAAAGUCCAAAAACUUGUUCAGCUACAAUGACAAACUCAAGAGUUUACCUCUGCCUAAUCUUUCUCUCAUUGGUUACUACUCGACCUGUGCUCUGCUCUCGCAGUCCGAGACACGCAGCACCAUCAGCUGCAAUAGGGAAGAAGCAUGGGAAAGCACAUGUUCAUUCUCCGGCAUUGCUUGUUUCUGGUUCCCCCAAGGUUGAUUCAUCCUCAUCCUCAUCCUCCUCCAUGACCAAGAUUGAUGAGCCUGCAACAAACUCUGUUUCUGAUUCCCCCAGGGUUGAUUCAUCAUCCUCCUCCAUGAUGACCAAGAUUGAUGAGCCUGCAACAAACUCUGCGAUAGCCGGUUUCUUCAGGCAUAAGUUCCCAUUCCAAGGCUGGCCUUUCCACAAGUAUGCUCCUUUCCCAAUGGGUAAGCCUACAAAUCCCUCUGUUCCUGCAACAACACCGUCGUCUUCUGGAGCUGCUUCUGCUGAGGAAGAGGAAUCUGAGAAGGUGCCUUCUUCUCCAAACAAAGGAAACAACAGAGAUGGAGGCAACGCGUAAUGAAUGAAUAUUUAUUGUGUUUAAUGAAUGUUGAAUCUAUAUUCUAGUUUUACAUAUUGUAACAAAUAAAAUGUACCAUGUAUUAUAUAAAAUGCUAUGUGACAUUUACAUGGAAAAAGAAAUUAAUACAAUUUAUCUUA